GGGGGCAGGCCGGCGGCGAAGGGCGGAGGUUCCGCGGCGGCGGCGGCGCCGGGCGCGCUGCAGGGGCAGCCCGGCCGCCGCGGGGCCGCCAUGCCCGCCAAGUCCAAGUACAACCUGGUGGACGACCGGCACGACCUCCGCAUCCCCCUGCAUAACGAGGACGCCUUCCAGCACGGCAUCUGCUUCGAAGCCAAGUACAUUGGGAGCCUGGAUGUGCCACGGCCGAACAGCAGAGUGGAGAUUGUGACAGCCAUGCGGCGGAUCAGGUAUGAAUUUAAAGCCAAGAAUAUCAAGAAGAAGAAAGUGAAUCUCAUUGUGUCAGUGGAUGGUGUGAAAGUCAUUCUGAAGAAGAAGAAGAAGCUUCUUUCAUUGCAGAAAAAAGAAUGGGCCUGGGAUGAGAACAAAAUGCUUGUCAUGCACGAUCCCAUCUACAGGAUAUUCUAUGUGUCUCAUGACUCCCAGGACCUAAAGAUCUUCAGUUACAUUGCCAGGGAUGGGUCUAGCAAUGUCUUCAGGUGCAACGUCUUCAAAUCCAAGAAGAAGAGCCAAGCCAUGCGUAUUGUCCGGACAGUGGGCCAGGCAUUUGAGGUCUGCCACAAGCUGAGCCUGCAGCACACCCAGCAAAAUGCAGAUGGGCAGGAGGAUGGAGAUAGUGAGAGGAACGGGGACGACCUGGAUGUCCCAGCCUGUCGCCUCACCGGUGCAGAGCGGGCAGCCGCCUCGGCAGAGGAGACGGACAUCGAUGCUGUGGAGCUCCCACUGCCCGGAGCUGACAUCCUUGACUUCAGCCGUGGCGUGACUGACCUGGAUGCUGUGGACAAGGAGGCAAGUGCAUACACUGAUGCCAACGGCUGCCUCCUCCCUGAAGAUAUCCUGACAGCAUCGCCUAAGAUGCUGCUGCCCUCAUCUGCGCAGCUGCCUGACCUGGGAACACCCCUUUCUGCUCACCACCAGAUGCAGCUCCUCCAGCAACUCCUGCAGCAGCAACAGCAGCAGACACAAGUGGCUGUGGCACAGGUCCACUUGCUGAAGGACCAGCUGGCUGCAGAGGCAGCAGCGCGGCUGGAAGCCCAGGCUCGCGUGCAUCAGCUCCUGCUCCAGAACAAGGACUUGCUGCAGCACAUCUCACUCCUGGUCAAACAGGUGCAGGAGCUGGAGCUGAAGCUUGCGGGGAACACCACCACGGGCUCCCAGGACAGCCUGCUGGAGAUCACCUUCCGCUCAAAUGUCCUCCCUGUCCUCUGCGACCCGACCACCCCGCAGCCCGAGGACACCCACCCGCCGCCACUGGUCUCUGGCUCAGGCUUCCCCAGCACCAUGGGCAGCCCCAUAGGUAGGAACGACUGUCUGGUGAAGCUGGAGUGCUACCGCUUCCUGCCUGACUCAGGGCCACCUGCCCCGGAGCCAGCGCUGGGCAGCCUGGAGCUCAUCAAGUUCCGUGAGUCGGGCAUUGCCUCCGAGUAUGAGUCCAACACGGAUGAGAGUGAGGAGCGUGACUCCUGGUCCCAGGAGGAGCCACCGCGCCUGCUCCAUGUCCAGACCAGGCAGGACCUGGGUGACAGCCUGGAGGAUGAGAUCGCGGUGUAGGGGUUGGCGGGAGGUGGUGCAGACCUGCCGGAGCUGGGCUGCACCCUGGUCAUAACCCCCUGGCCCUGGCAGGAGCAGGACAUCUCGGAGGUAGAGGGGUGGAGGAGGGAACAUGAGGCUUCAGCACACAGCUGGGAGCUGUG